AUGCCUGAUUCUACUUCAACCACUCAUACCAAUAACAAAAGAAAAAGACAAAUCCAUGAUUCCGAAAUUUCUCCUAUUGAUGACAAUUAUUCAACAUCAUCUAAAGAGAAUGUUGAUCUUUUGAAGAAAGAAAUUGCAGAACUCCAGCAGAAAUUAGCAGAAUCCAAUCGUAUGCAAAACUAUUUUGCUUCCGAAUCAGCCAAGAAAAGCAAGGAAAUAGAAGACUUGAAAAUGAAACUUGACUUUAAAACUGUAGAAUCAAAUCAAAAGUCCAAAUAUCUCAGUCAAAUAUUUAACGAUAUUGUUUCCCACUCCUCCAAAUAUGUAAAACCAGAAUAUGCUAUUAUGGAAACUUGUCAAUUGGUUGGAAAUGAUCGCAUUCCAGAAGAAUUUCAUUCAAAAGCACUCAACAAUGAAGAAAGCUUUUCCAUUGAAUUAAAUGGUAAAACAUUUACCUUAACUCCUCAACAAAGGGAAAAACUUGGUCAGAAAGAUUCUGGACAAGUAUUUGCAUUUGUAUUUUUUGAAUUACUAAAGAUGAAUAUCAAUUCUAAUAGUGAGAUACGAAAACCAGAAUUCAAAACAUCAAUUAUUGAUCAAUUAGUCAUAUAUAACAAAUACUUCCAAAGUAGACGUGAAUCAGCAGCAGUUAAGAACAAAGACCCUUUGUUAAAGGCAUACAGUAACUUUCUGAAUAUUCCAACAAGUAAGAAGCCUCUUCCGAAAUAUUUUGCAGAAUACGAUUCAAAAUACUACACCUCCAACAAUGUACAAUAA